GAUGAGGCUAAUUAUUUUCUUUCAAAGGCUUGUUAUUCUGUGUAAUUUGUUAUUUGUCAGGUUGAUGGUGGUGUUUUGAUGAUCUGCGUGGUCAAAUACGUUCUUGAUAGUUUUGUAUUCAGCUCCUGUUGGAGUGCACACAGAAGUGUGUGUGUGUGUGUGUGUAUUGGGUGUGUGUCUUUGUUUGUAUAUGUGUGUAUGCGCUGGUAUCUGUGUGCACGCACGUGUGUGUGUGUGUGCAUGUAGGUGUGUGUGCGUGUGUAUGUAGGUGUGUGUGCAUGCGUGUGUAUGCAGGUGUGUGCGUGUGUAUGUAGGUGUGUGUGUGUGUGUGUGCGUGUGUAUGCAGGUGUGUGCAUGUGUAUGUAGGUGUGUGUGUAUGUAUGUAGGCCUGUGUGCGUGUGUAUGUAGGUGUGCGUGUGUAUGUAGGUGUGUGUGUGUGUCUUUGUAUAUGUUUGUGUGCGCUGGUAUCUGUGGGUGUGCAUGCACGUUUGUGUGUAUGUGCGUGUGUGCGUGCAUGUGUGUUCUUCUCUCUUUGUCCGUAUCUGUGUACGUAUAUAUGUGUGUUUUCUCUUUGUGUCUGUGUCUGUGUCUGUGUCCAAGACUGGCAAAUGUCAGUCCCUGCUUAUCUUGGACAUGAAUAUUGUCAUGCAGCCAGAUUUGAUGGAGAACGCGGUGCGCCACAAGAACAAGCUGACGUCCACUCAAGACUAGACCGCUGCUGCAAAUGUAACAUUCUGUAGGUGCAUGACAUGUGAGAUGCCUCGCACAACAGCUAAAUGUCAACUUGUUUUUUCCACGCAGAUCUAACCAGCUCAGAAUUUCCAGCAUGUUUUUACUAAUUUAUUUUUUGCUAAUUUAUUUAUGAUUUUUAUUCACUUCUGACAGGUUUUCUCAGUUUGAUUAGGAAUUUGUCCUAUUAGAUGUCCAAAUUAUCCUGGGGGAGUCUUGCGGAAAUCAUCAGAGCCAUGCAGUCAUCAAAGGGAUAUUUGAUGUUCCACGUAAUCCUGCUAUUAGGCCUGCUGCAGAAAGUUAAUUCCCUCUCGGUGUCUGGGAACACACAGCUCGUGACUGGCUUCCUGCAUCAACCCAUCUACCUGGCAGUGAAGGUGAAUGAUUCAAGCUCGGUGCAAACCAUUAGAUGGAAGAUAGGAGUGCAGGUGAUAGUCGAACACACGUCAUCCUUAUCGGCAGAAGUCUUCCCCAUGUUCAAGGAACGCAUGGACUACAUCGCGGAAAACAACUCGCUGCUCAUUCACCGACUGAGUCUGCAGGACGAGGGCCAAUACAUCUCGAUAACGUCAUUCGAAUCUGGAGCAGAAGUUGGCUCAUACAUCAACCUGACAGUGCUGGUUCCAGUCUCACAGCCCAGCAUUACAGUGCAGACCGAAAACGACCCCUAUCCGACUGUGACCAUGAACUGCACAGUGGAGAAUGGCUCCAGCCCCCAAUUCUCCUGGACAAAGGACAACAUCCGUGUGUCAACUGGCCACCAGAGUUUAAGGAUCGCCAACCUGAACGGCUCAGCCUGUGGAGUUUACACCUGCCUUGUCCAAAACCCUGUCAACAGUGUGGAAAGACAGCAAUGGAUCUCGGACGAACAUUUCCAGGGAUGUUAUCAUCCAUUAUGUCAUGGACCAGGUUGCAUUGUGGGCAGCACCCUGGCAAUACUUUGUGCAGUCGGGUUCCUGGCGGUUAUCUUGGUAGUCAAGUACAAAGGACGACAAAGGGAGGACAAGGCCCUGGACGAACAAGGACAAGCCAACGUGCCUGAUGCAGGGGAGGUGCCCUCUGUUGCUCUGUACCACAGCCUGCUUCUCAUCCAUAGCGGUGGCAACCAAGAGACAAUUAAUUCCACGUACUGCACCAUCGGAUCCCCACCGUAAUCCCCUAUCGCUGCUUUUCCUAUUCUACUGCUCCAGUAAUUUUUGGCAUUAAAAUAUUGAUAGAAAACUGUGUCAACGAGUCAAGAUCUGUCCCGACUGUCCUGAAGAGUCUGUAGCGAUCUUCGUCAGCUGUGGGGAGAUGGGGUACCACAGAUGGUGAUGUGGGAGUGUGGGCCAUGGAUCUCUGAAGAUGGCUGGGUCAGUGGUGUGGUGGUGUGGGCCAGUUGCAGGGAAGAUGAUGGGUUGGAAGAUUGCAACCUUCACAUGGUCUGCCCUGUUUCGCCGAAUGCAAUCAACCUGGCGUGCACAAUCAAGUAAGAUCAAAUAGAACAAGUUGUUCCUCAACUUUAGGCUGUGCAUGCCAUACACAAGAAGAAGAAGCAGAAGGGAAGAUGAUGCUUCUACAACUACGUUCAUCUAGCACUGGCAGCCUCCACUUUCCCAUGGAGGGAUUACUAAAAUGGUCACCACAGGCCAAGCCUGGAUAUUGGAGUCUCUGGUUGAAGGCCAGAGUGCAGACCUCUGCCAGCUUGGUGUUCAUGGUGAGUGCUUUCAGGGAGCCUUCACAUUGAAAGGAAGGGAUUGUACAAAGGGCAGCAUGUUGGCACAACUGGUCGAGAUGCUGCCUCACAAGUUCAAUCCUGAUCUCAAAUGCUGUCUGGGUGGAGUAUGCAUGUUCUGUGCGGGUUUCCUCCGGUUGCUCCAGUUUCCACCCCCAUCCCCAAAGACUCUCUCUGCCUCAGAGGGUGGUGGAGGCAGGUUCUCUGGAUGCUUUCAAGAGAGAGCUAGAUAGGGCUCUUAAAAAUAGCGGAGUCGGAGGAUAUGGGGAAAAGGCAGGAACGGGGUACUGAUUGGGGAUGAUCAGCCAUGAUCACAUUGAAUGGUGGUGCUGGCUCCAAGGGCCGAAUGGCCUACUCCUGCACCUAUUGUCUAUUGUCCAGGUUUGUAGGUUAAUUGGACUGUGUAAAAUUCCCCCAUAGUGUGUAGGGAGUGGAUGGGCAAGUGGAAUAACACAGAACCAGUGUGAACAGGCGAUGAAUGGCCGGCAUGGACCUGGUGGGCCGAAGGGUCUGUUUCCAUGCUGUAUCUUUAAACUAAAAAUGGCAGCAGAAAUAUGAACUGACUGAAAGCAGACAACUUUAAAUCUGAAACUGAGCAAGUUAAAGGAUGUGGAUACAGGGCAAGAUUAUGAUGCAGGCCUCAACCAUCCUGUCAACUCGAGAGCUGUCCUGAGCUACUAUCUACCUCAUUGGAGACCCUCAGAUUAUCUUUAAUCGGUCUUUACUGGACUUUAUCUUGCAUUAAACGUUAUUCCCCUUUAUCCUGUAUGUGUACACUGUGGGUGGCUCGAUUGUAAUCAUGUAUAGUCUUCCUGCUGACUGGUUAGCACGCAACAGAAGCUUUUCACUGUACCUCGGUACACGGGACAGUAAACAGAAGUAAAGCAGGUCAGGUGGGAUUUCACAGAGUAGUGGAACAGGUGCAAGAACAGAAUGUGUAGGAAGGAACUGCAGACGCCGGAUUACACCGAAGAUAAACACAAAAUGCUGGAGUAACUCAG